UCCGCAUUUUCAGUGUUUCAAAGUAUCGCAACAUUUUCCAUUUCCAUUUUCAUCUCAAAACCAUAGUCACAACAUUUUCGUGAAUACACCAAAUUUUCUUCUUCUCUUGUGAAUUCAAAACAAAUUCAGUAACAAAAUGGAACUCGAUUUAGUUUCUACACCACAAAUGAAUGAGAUUGAUGUUGUUGAUGGUAGUGGACAGCAAGUGAGUCGUAAUAAUUCGCGUGGAAUUCGUGUUGUUGGAAGCAGAAUCUAUGAUUCUGAAAAUGGAAAAUCUUGUCACCAGUGCCGACAAAAAACAAGGGAUUUUACUGCUGUAUGUAAAAAUCCUAGAAAUGGAAAGCCUUGUGCGAUUAGAUUUUGUCACAAAUGCCUUUUAAACAGGUAUGGGGAGAAGGCAGAAGAAGUAGAUCGGUUGGAUGAUUGGAUGUGUCCGAAGUGCAGAGGCAUUUGUAACUGUAGUUUGUGCAUGAAGAAAAGAGGUCAACAACCGACUGGUUUACUAAUUCGUACAGCCAAGGCGUCUGGAUUUAAGUCUGUGUCAGAAAUGUUAAACAAUAAGGCUUCUCAAGAUUCGGAAUCAAAUGAGGUUAAUAUGGAUGCUGUUUUGCCUACAAAUGAAGCUACUUUGGUAAAGGAGCUUGCAGUGGAUCUGUUUGGGGAACUUGGGAAAGAAAAUUCCAUAGAUGAAAAGAAAGGAUUAAAGGUUGAAAAUGGAAAAACAAAGAAAAUGAAGCGGGAAAAGUUAAAGGAAAUAUCUAAUGGUGGCAGUGUUGACGGUGCUUGUCAACAAAAUAAGAAAUUGAAAAAGCCUAAACUUUGUAAUGGAGUUUCAGAUGGAGGAGUUAAAAGAAAUGCAAAUGAUGAAAUGGAAACAAAAGUAAAGGAAAAUCAUGCUAUGGUUCAUAGUCAGAUAGAUGGUCCUCUGACUUGCCAAACCAGUGAUGUGAUGGAUCAUAGUGACAAUGCUGGUGCUAUAAACCAAGUGGCAAAAGAUAUUGUGGAAAUAAUUCCUUUGCCCACUGGCUCUGAGAUAACCAAAAUAUCGGACAUUGAGUUUUCACCUGAAGAUGUUGGAAAUGCACUGCAAUUUUUAGAAUUCUGUAGAGUGUUCGGAAAGGCUCUUGAUAUGAAGAAAGGAGAAGGUGAAGCAAUUUUACGAGCCUUAAUACGUAAGCUAACUUUGCGCCGUGGAGAAAAAACCUUGGUGGUUGAGUUCCAAAUAAAAUUGUUGACUUUGAUAAUAUCUGAUUCAGGAAUUAGGUAUCCAUCCUUAACUGCAAGCAACGGAAAAAAAUCAUGGUUAAAAGCUUUGGAGGAUUUAAUUACUGAAUCAGAUAUUGUAUUGAAAGAAUUUCCAUUAGAUUUGCUUAACAAAGGAAUUAGUGGAUAUUAUGAAAUGGAUUUAUCUAAAAAACUCAUCCUAUUGAAUUUCAUUUGUGACGAAGCUUUGAGCACUGCGAAGCUAAGGAGUUAUAUUGAUGAUCAAAAUGAAGUAUUUGUUGAAUAUAAAAAAGAAGCAAAAUCUAAGGUUGCUGCUGCUAAAGAAAAGGAGAAAAAUAUUAAGAAGAAGUUGCAGGAUGAAAUGGCCAAAGCAAUUAUGGCAAAUUGUGCAGAUCUUUCAGUUUCAGAACAUAAUGCUCUUAUUUCAAAAAUAAAAAGUGAAGCAGCUGAAGCGCAUGCUGAGUUGGUUGAAACCAAGGGCACAUUUCCUAAACGGAACCAGUGUUGUGAAGUGGUGAGAAUUGUACCAGAAUACUUGGAUGGCAGUGGUAAGACAUUUUGGAAACUAAAAAGCUAUAGUGGCGAAUAUGCUUUCAUGUUACAAGAUGUCAAGAUACAUGAUGAAGAUGCAGCUGAAGUUGACGAAAAAUGGUUGGUUUAUGAAGCUAAGCAGAAGGAUGAGAUUAACAAGUAUAUUUCCUCUAAGAGAGGUUGAUUAUUGAAUCUAACUUCAGUAUAAUUGUUGAGAGAUUGAUUACCAAAGCUGGCUUCCAAUUUUUUGGCAAUAGAAAUAGGGGAGUCAUUAGGUUUCAAUGUAAUUAGUUACAAUUUAUAGUUGGCUUCUACUAUUUUGUGUAAUAUUUCAAAUUGUAAGGAUGUGGAUUAACCAACUAUUUGAGGUAUUAUGUGUCAAUCAACCUCUGUUGCUAUUCAUCUUUUUAUGUAUCUUGCACAAUUAUUCAAUUUUGGCUAAAAUAUA